GGGUCUACUUUGACUCACUUCCGCCGCCUGUUGGAGAAGCUUUCAAUCUUCACUGUCUGUUUUAAUUUAUAUUCAUAGAUGUGAAAACACGGUGUUACGACUUCAGCGUUUGUUUAUAAAAGAAUCCAGCCGGAGUCUGUUUAUAUAGGGAGCGCAGCGCAGACACUGACACCCUGCAGUUUAACAUUAAUGUUGUGCUGCGUGUCACUUGUGCAAAGCAAAAGAUGUUAUAAAAAAGGUGAAAAAUCACUGUGUGUGAUGGACUAAAACUGGACGGGGGGCGGCAGCUGGUGACGCAGGAAAACACCCGAAAAAAAGAUCAGACAGCGAAAUCUCGGACAGAAGACCUCGGCGGGACGUGAAAAUCCUCAACAACACGCGCACGUUCGCCCGUGGGCACUAGUUACCGGAUGCGCGAGGAAAAACACGGCUGUUUGUCUGUAAUGUGAUGGUCUCUGCGGUCCGCCCUGAGCCGCAGGUGCUUCGUUGUUACUCGCCCGCAUGCUGGAUCUGCCUCGCUGCCCCGCAGGCAGUAAACUCUCGUCUGACUCUCACAACAUAAACAGACAAGAUUGCCAAGAUGACGGCCACAACCCGCGGGUCACCCGUGGGGGGCAAUGAGAGCCAGGGGCAGAGCCAAGCGCCGGAGAGCCAGAACCAAACCGUCUUGCCCCAGAGCCAGACUCCCUCACCAAACUCCUCUAAUGAGACAUCACCUGUCAGUGCACCUGAGGAACAGGGUCAGGGUGUUGCCCCGCCCACACAGGAAGAGGAGGAGCCUGCCUUCCCCCACACAGACCUGGCCAAGCUGGACGACAUGAUCAACCGGCCCCGCUGGGUGGUUCCGGUCCUGCCGAAAGGAGAGCUGGAGGUUCUGCUUGAAGCUGCUAUAGAUCUCAGUAAAAAAGGGCUUGAUGUGAGGUGUGAGGAAUGUCAGCGGUUCUUCCGUGAUGGCCUGACGAUCUCCUUCUCUAAAAUCCUGACAGAUGAGGCCGUGAGCGGUUGGAAGUUUGAGAUUCAUAGGUGUAUCAUUAAUAACACUCACCGGCUCAUCGAGCUCUGCGUGGUCAAACUGGCUCAGGAUUGGUUUCCUCUUCUUGAACUGCUCGCCAUGGCAACCAACCCGCACUGCAAGUUCCACAUCUACAACGGCACGCGUCCGUCUGAAAGCGUCCCUGCAGGUGCGCAGCUUGAGGACAAUGAGCUGUUCGCCCGCCCGCCUGACCUUCGGUCACCUAAGGGUUGGCUGGUGGACCUCGUCAAUAAAUUUGGGACUUUGAGCGGGUUCCAGAUUCUACACGAGCGCUUCAUGGGCAGUCAGGCUCUUAAUGUCCAGAUCAUCGCAUCUCUCAUAAAACCUUUUGGCCAAUGUUACGAGUUUUUGACUUUACAUACGGUGAAGACGUUUUUCUUGCCUAUAGUCGAGAUGGUUCCACAGUUUUUAGAGAACCUCACAGAUGAAGAGCUGAAGAAAGAGGCCAAAAAUGAGGCCAAAAACGAUGCUCUGUCUAUGAUUAUAAAGUCGCUGAAGAAUUUGGCAUCCAGAGUACCCGGUCAAGAGGAAACAGUCAAAAACUUGGAAGUAGUUCGGUUAAAGAUGAUCCUUCGGUUGUUGCAAAUUUCCUCCUUUAAUGGGAAAAUGAAUGCACUAAAUGAGGUGAACAAAGUGAUCUCCAGCGUGUCGUAUUACACCCAUCGUCAUGGCAACCCAGAGGAAGAGGAGUGGCUGACUGCCGAGCGCAUGGCUGAAUGGAUUCAGCAGAACAACAUUCUGUCCAUUGUGCUGAGAGACAGUCUUCAUCAGCCGCAGUAUGUGGAGAAGCUGGAGAAGAUCCUGCGCUUCGUCAUUAAAGAGAAAGCUCUCACCCUACAGGACCUGGACAACAUCUGGGCGGCACAGGCUGGAAAGCAUGAAGCCAUCGUCAAGAAUGUUCACGACCUGUUGGCCAAGCUGGCGUGGGAUUUCUCUCCUGAGCAGCUCGACCGUCUCUUCGACUGUUUCAAGGCAAGUUGGACCAACGCAAGUAAAAAGCAGCGGGAGAAGCUUCUAGAAUUGAUCCGCAGACUGGCCGAGGACGAUAAGGACGGGGUGAUGGCUCACAAAGUGCUCAACCUACUGUGGAACCUGGCGCACAGCGAUGACGUCCCUGUGGACAUCAUGGAUCAGGCUUUGAGCGCUCACAUCAAGAUCCUGGACUACAGCUGCUCUCAGGACCGUGACACGCAGAAGAUGCAGUGGAUCGACCGUUUCAUCGAGGAGCUUCGGACGAAUGAUAAGUGGGUGAUUCCAGCGCUGAAGCAGAUCAGGGAGAUCUGUAGUCUGUUUGGAGAAGCUCCUCAGAACCUCAGUCAGACACAGAGAAGUCCUCACGUCUUCUAUCGUCACGACCUGAUCAACCAGCUUCAGCACAAUCACGCGCUGGUCACGCUGGUGGCUGAGAAUCUGUCUGCGUAUAUGGAGAAUAUGAGACAGUUCUCCAAAGAGCAUUCGGCCUUUGACCCUCAGACGGUUCGAGCAGGCAGCAGGUACAGCCACGUACAGGAAGUUCAGGAGAGACUCAAUUUCCUGAGGUUUCUGCUGAAAGACGGCCAGCUGUGGCUUUGUGCUCCUCAAGCCAAACAGAUCUGGAAGUGUCUGGCAGAGAACGCCGUCUUCCUGUGUGACCGCGAGGCCUGCUUUAAAUGGUACUCCAAACUCAUGGGUGAUGAGCCGGACCUGGACCCGGAUAUCAACAAAGACUUCUUUGAGAACAACGUCCUGCAGCUGGACCCGACUCUCCUCACGGAGAACGGCAUGAAGUGCUUCGAGCGCUUCUUCAAAGCUGUGAACUGCAGAGAGGGGAAGCUGGUGGCCAAACGACGGGCGUACAUGAUGGACGAUCUGGAGCUGAUCGGUCUUGACUACCUCUGGAGGGUUGUGAUUCAAGGAAGUGAUGACAUCGCCACACGAGCGAUAGACCUGCUGAAAGAGAUUUACACAAACCUCGGACCAAAACUACAAGCAAAUCAGGUCGAGAUUCAUGAGGACUUCAUUCAGUCGUGUUUUGAUCGGCUCAAGGCCUCGUAUGACACGCUGUGUGUUCUGGACGGUGAUAAGGACAGCAUUAACUGUGCCAGACAAGAGGCCAUACGAAUGGUGCGAGUUCUCACUGUGCUUAAAGAGUACAUCAAUGAAUGUGAUAGUGACUUCCAUGAGGAAAGAAGCAUCCUGCCCAUGUCCAGGGCGUUUCGUGGAAAACACAUCACUCUAGUGGUGCGCUUUCCCAAUCAGGGGCGACAGGUGGACGAUCUGGACAUCUGGUCACACACCAACGACACCAUCGGCUCUGUGAGACGCUGCGUCCUCUCUCGCAUUAAAGCCAACAGCACGCACACAAAAGUGGAGCUGUUUAUUGGAGGAGAGGUGGUGGAUCCAGCAGACGACCGCAAGCUGAUAGGACAGCUGAAUCUUAAAGAUAAAACUCUGAUCACAGCCAAACUCACUCAAGUCAGCUCCAACAUGCCCUCCAGCCCCGACAGCUCAUCUGACUCGUCCACCGGCUCACCUGGAAACCAUGGCAACCACUACAGCGAUGGACCAAACCCCGAAGUUGAAAGCUGCUUGCCUGGAGUGAUCAUGUCCCUGCACCUGCGCUACAUCUCCUUCCUGUGGCAGAUCGCUGACCUGGGCUGCACAUUAAACAUGCCACUGCUGCGGGACGGAGCGCGAGUCCUCAUGAAGCUCAUGCCUCCAGAUAACACGACAGUGGAGAACCUUCGAGCGAUAUGUUUGGAUCACGCCAAGCUGGGGGAGAACAGUCUUAGCCCCACACUUGACUCGCGCUUCUUCGGGCCGUCCCCUUCACAAGUGCUGUAUCUCACGGAGGUUGUGUAUGCCCUGCUGAUGCCAGCCAGUGGAACACUGGGAGAUGAUGCCUGUGACUUCCAGUACAACUUCCUGAAGAGUGGCGGCCUUCCUCUUGUGCUGGGCAUGCUCACCAGAAACAACUUCCUUACCAACGCAGACGUGGAGACGAGACGUGGCGCCUACCUGAACGCUCUCAAAAUCGCCAAACUCUUGCUCACCGCUAUUGGAUUCGGGCACGUGAAGGCGGUUGCAGAGGCCUGCCAACCUGUGGUGGAGGGCACCAACCCAGCGUCACCGAUAAAUCAGGCGACCCACGAUCAGGCUCUGGUGCUGCAGAACGCUCUCCAGAGCAUUCCCAACCCCACCUCUGAAUGCAUGCUGCGGAACGUAGCCAUCCGUCUGGCCCAGCAGAUCUCCGAUGAGAAUUUCUUUCAAGCCUCGAAGUACAUCCCGGAUAUCUGUGUGAUUCGAGCCGUUCAGAAGAUCGUUUGGGCUUCAGGCUGUGGAAUGAUCCACCUGGUGUUCAGCUCAAAUGAAGAGAUCAGCAAGGUCUACGAGAAGACGAAUGCAGGGAAUGAGCCGGACGCUGAAGAUGAGCAGGUGUGCUGUGAGGCGCUGGAGGUCAUGACCAUGUGUUUUGCUUUGCUCCCUACGGCCCUCGACGCACUCGGCAAAGAGAAAGCAUGGCAGACGUUCAUCAUCGACCUGCUGCUGCACUGCCAGAGCAAAGCCGUGCGUCAGAUGUCACAGGAGCAGUUCUUCCUCAUGGCCACUAGAUGCUGCAUGGGACACCGACCGCUUCUCUUCUUCAUCACUCUGCUCUUCACAGUUCUGGGAAGUACGGCCAAAGAAAGAGCCAAACACGCUGGCGAUUACUUCACCCUCUUACGCCACUUACUCAACUAUGCGUACAACAGCAACAUAAACUUCCCCAACGCCGAGGUGCUGCUCAACAACGAGAUCGACUGGCUCAAGAGAAUCAGGGAUGAGGUGAAGAGGACGAGCGAGACGGGCGUCGAAGAGACCAUUCUAGAGGGUCACCUGGGUGUCACCAAAGAGCUGCUGGCAUUCCAAACCCCCGAGAAGAAAUUCUACAUUGGCUGUGAAAAGGGUGGCGCUAAUCUCAUUAAAGAGCUGAUCGAUGAUUUUAUCUUCCCGGCAUCUAAUGUCUACCUGCAGUAUGUGAAGAGUGGCGAGUUUCCUGUGGAACAGGCCAUCCCGGUGUGCAGCAGUCCUGCGUCCAUAAACGCCGGCUUCGAGCUGCUGGUGGCUCUUGCUGUUGGCUGCGUCCGCAACCUGAAACGGAUCGUCGACACGCUCACGGACAUGUAUUACCUAGGUUGUGAGGCGCUAACAGAGUGGGAGUAUUUACCUCCGGUGGGGCCACGGCUGCCCAAAGGCUUUGUGGGUCUGAAGAACGCGGGAGCCACGUGCUACAUGAAUUCAGUCAUACAGCAACUGUACAUGAUCCCACCCAUCCGCAACGGCAUCCUGGCCAUCGAGGGCACAGGAAGUGACAUCGAUGAUGACAUGUCUGGAGACGAAAAGCAGGACAAUGAGAGUAAUGUGGACUCCAGGGAUGAUGUGUUCAGUUAUCAGCAGCAGCUGGAUGACAAGCCCUCUCUUAACAAGACUGAAGACCGUAAGGAGUACAACAUCGAAGUGCUGCGACAUCUGCAGGUCAUUUUCGGUCACCUGGCAGCGUCCCGUCUGCAGUACUAUGUGCCCAGAGGAUUCUGGAAACAGUUCAGGUUAUGGGGAGAACCAGUGAAUCUAAGAGAGCAGCACGAUGCCCUGGAGUUCUUCAAUUCACUGGUGGACACUCUGGAUGAGGCGUUGAAAGCCCUCGGCCAUCCCAGCAUGCUCAGCAGGAUCUUGGGUGGCUCAUUUGCCGAUCAGAAGAUCUGUCAGGGUUGUCCUCACAGGUAUGAGUGUGAGGAAUCCUUCACAACGUUAAAUGUUGACAUCAGGAACCACCAAAAUCUCCUGGACUCUUUAGAACAGUAUGUCAAAGGGGAUUUACUGGAAGGAGCCAAUGCUUACCACUGUGAGAAGUGUAACAAGAAGGUCGACACGGUGAAGCGUCUCCUCAUCAAGAAACUCCCGCCGGUCUUGGCCAUUCAGUUAAAGCGCUUCGAUUAUGAUUGGGAGCGUGAGUGUGCGAUUAAAUUCAACGAUUACUUCGAGUUCCCUCGUGAGCUGGACAUGGAGCCUUAUACGGUGGCAGGUGUGGCGAAGCUGGAGGGCGACGAGGUCCCGCUGGAGAGCCAGGUCAUCCCCGAGAACUCUCCGACGGAGUCUGAGCCGAACGGCAGCUCCCGAUACCGUCUGGUGGGUGUGCUGGUACACUCGGGACAGGCCAGCGGUGGACAUUAUUACUCUUACAUCAUUCAGCGUCAUGGCAGCACCAGCGAUGGCCUGAAAGACCGCUGGUAUAAGUUUGACGACGGUGAUGUAACAGAGUGUAAGAUGGACGAUGACGAGGAGAUGAAAAACCAGUGCUUUGGUGGAGAGUACAUGGGUGAGGUGUUUGACCACAUGAUGAAGCGAAUGUCGUACCGGCGUCAAAAACGUUGGUGGAAUGCUUACAUUCUGUUCUAUGAGCGCUUGGACGCUGCAGGGGGCGACGGCGAGCUGUUGAAGUACAUUUCCGAACUGACGCUCGCGCCCCGGCCCAACCAGCCUAAAAUGCCCCUGGCCAUCGAGGCCAGCGUUCGCAAACAGAACGUGCAGUUCAUGCACAGCCGCAUGCAGUACAGCCUGGAGUAUUUUCAGUUUGUUAAAAAGCUGCUGACGUGUAACAGUGUCUACCUGAACCCUCCUCCAGGUCAAGAUCAUCUUUUACCAGAAGCUGAAGAGAUAGCCAUGAUAAGUAUUCAGCUUGCUGCUAGGUUUCUCUUCAGCACAGGAUUCCACACGAAGAAGGUUGUUCGAGGCCCUGCUAGUGACUGGUACGACGCUUUGUGCGUCCUCCUGCGUCACAGUAAAAACGUCCGCAGCUGGUUCGCACACAAUGUCCUGUUUGCCUUUCCCACGCGGUUCUCGGAGUACCUGCUGGAGUGCCCAAGUGCCGAGGUCCGCGGUGCUUUUGCCAAGCUGGUAGUUUUCAUCGCACACUUUUCACUGCAAGACGGACCCUGUCCCGCCCCCGUCACCUCAUCCACAAAGCAGGCCUGUGACAGUGGAACCCUGAGCGAUCAUCUGUUACAAGCAGUGCUGAACUUACUGAGGAGAGAAGUGUCAGAACACGGACGCCACCUUCAGCAGUACUUCAAUCUCUUUGUCAUGUACGCCAAUCUGGGGUUGGCAGAGAAGACGCAGCUUUUGACGUUGAGCAUGCCAGCCACGUUCAUGCUGGUGGCGCUGGAUGAAGGUCCUGGUCCUCCCAUCAAAUAUCAGUACGCAGAGCUGGGUAAACUCUACGCGGUUGUGUCGCAGCUGGUGCGCUGCUGUGACAUUUUUUCACGCAUGCAGUCCUCCAUUAACGGUAACCCGCCACUGCCAAACCCGUGCGGUGACCCCAGCCUCACCGCUCCCAUAAUGCCGCUGCAACAACUGGUGGCUGAGAUCCUGUUUGUGCGCACAAGCUAUGUGAAGAAGAUCAUCGAGGACUGCAGUAACUCUGAGGAGACGGUGAAACUGCUGCGCUUCUGCUGCUGGGAGAAUCCUCAGUUCUCUUCCACAGUUCUCAGUGAACUGCUCUGGCAGGUGGCGUAUUCCUACACUUACGAGUUGAGGCCGUACCUGGACCUGCUGCUUCAGAUUCUUCUGAUCGAGGACUCGUGGCAGACGCACAGGAUCCACAAUGUUCUGAAGGGCAUUCCUGAUGACCGCGAUGGCCUUUUUGACACCAUCCAGCGCUCUAAAAACCAUUAUCAGAAACGGGCCUAUCAGUGCAUUAAGUGUAUGGUGGCGCUUUUCACCAACUGCUCUGUGGCUUAUCAGAUCUUACAGAGUAACGGCGAUCUGAAGAGAAAGUGGACAUGGGCAGUGGAAUGGCUGGGUGAUGAGUUGGAGAGGAGGCCGUACACUGGAAAUCCUCAAUACAGCUACAACAACUGGUCUCCUCCAGUACAGAGCAAUGAGACGUCUAACGGAUAUUUUCUAGAACGCUCUCACAGCGCCCGCAUGACUUUGGCCAAGGCCUGUGAACUCUGUCCUGAAGAGGAGCCAGAUGAUCAGGAAGCACCUGAUGAUCAUGACGCUUCGCCCCCUGAAGACACCACCCUGUACCCUCACUCGUCCGGGACGCAAUAUCAGCAGCCUAAUAAUCACCCUCACGGGCAGCCCUACACCGGUCCGGCCGCCCAGCAUAUGAAUAACCCCCAGCAGCCCCCUCAGAGGCCUCAGGAGAGCUGGGAGGGAACGGAAGAGACGGCCCCCAUCCAGACCGAAGAGUAGCACUUGGCACACGCCUGUUUCUCGUUGAAGGACUGCUGCGGGACAAGACACCUGCCAGACCCCAGGGAUGGAGAAAUCUCUUUUGCUUUACAUACUUCAUCUCAUCCAACUUUCCGAUCUACAUCUGUUCCUUUCACAACAACAUGGCAUGGAUUUGAGUCUCAACACUGUCGGCACCUCAGAGUUUGGUGCAUGCACACACACACACACACACACAUGCUGCCUACAGUAUGUACAACUCUUUAUUGAUAACAGUCACCAUAGUUGUAAAUCUUCAGGAAUGGUGAUGGUGUAUAUAGUGUGCAUAGAUCCGGACUGUGGGACAACACCCCCCUCUCCUCAUUUCCACUGCGAUUCUUGAGCUGUUUGGGCUCGACGUGACUACAUCAUCAUCAUCAUCUUUGUAUAAUAAUACCACAGGAGCAGAGUGAAGGAAUGUGUGACUGUUGUGUUCUUACGUGCAGAUGAGUUUGAUGUGUUGGGUGAAUAUUGUGAACCGGCUGACAAAUGUUUCGUCCCCCCAAAUUCAGUUGUUGCGUUGACUUGUUUCUUUUAUUAAUCUAGGAGUUUGAGAUCGUCACUGCAGCGCUGCUCAUCCAUUCACUUCAUCAAGCUCACAUACACAUUUACUGCCACUUAAUGUUUAGUAGGAAUUUUAAACUGACUGGAAAGUGUCUCUCAAAGCUCUUAUUGAAUGGAAGUGCAGUUGGCCUAAUUCCGAAGCUGCCUCUUAACCCCUCCCACUUACUCUGUCCCCAUCCAAUCAACACUCAGCCACGGUCACUUCUGGAUCCAAGGAGAUUUACAGUGGGGUCUCAGAAGCAGCACAUAUGUGACCCUGGAUCACAAAACCAGUCUUAAGUAGCACAGAAACAUUUUUAGUAAAAGCCAAAAAUACAUUGUAUAGGUCAAAAUUAUCUAUUUUUCUUUUAUGCCAAAAAUUAUUAGGAUUUUAAGUAAAGAUCAUGUUCCAUGAAGAUAUUUAGCAAAUAAAUAUAUCAAAACUUUAUUUUUGUGAGUGGGUGGCCUGCUACAGUGCCUCCGAUUAACAACUUCAAAGGCGAUUUUCUCAAUAUUUUGAUUUUUUUGCACCCUCAGAUUCCAGAGUUUUAAACUGUAGUAUCUCCACCUGAUAUUGUCCUAUUCUAACAACCCAUACAUCAAUAGACAGCUUAAUUAUUCAGCUUUCAGGUGAUGUAAAAUCUCAAUUUUGAAAAAUUGACCCAUAAGACUGGUUUUGUUGUCCAGGGUCACAUAUUGUCCUGUAUUUAUAACACGUAGGGCUCGUUCUCAUUUGGCUACCACACCAAGAAGAGAAGAGCUGAAGAAAGAGAGUUGCUGUACUGUUAUUAUUUGUUGCUGUUUUUCUUGAUUGAGGUUAUUUUGUUGACAUUGAGAUGAACGAGAUGCUUUGAACGAAAGAGAGUUGUAUUCUUUUUAAAAAGAUAUUUACUGUGCAGAGUUUGGUGAGCCCUGUGUUUUGCAGACUGUUGUUUACGGUGAAGGUGUGAGGUCAGAUUCUGGAGCUGCCUUACGCAUGUGAAGGUUUCAUUUUUUUCUUCCUUUUUUGCAGUCAUAUAAUAACAACAGCAUUGCACCACUAGAUCAAUAAAAGAUACAUUGAAAUGCAAGCUUAAGUUUUUCUAAGCUUUUGAUGCAUUCUGGCGAGGCGAGCAUUGUGUAAAUACCUGAUGCACGUGAGUUACAGAGAUGCACUCGUGCUCGUUUCCUGAUGGAUUUCAUUCAGUAGAUGACAUUGCACUGAAGGUUGUUCUAAAACGUUUGCCGAAACCCCACCUGAGCCCUGCAGCCGUCCUAACAUACACUGAGCCUAAGCAGGGUGCCAAUCCAUCUUAAGCAGAACUACACGUCAUCAGUUUCUCAGUCCAUCAUUUUGCUUCUUUGUACAUGUCUCCAUAUUUGCCUUCUGAUUUUGCUUGAAUUCUUCAAAAGCUCAUUUUUGUGAAACAUGCAUGGAUAAUAUUCCUCAAUCUGCCUUAGAGCACUGUACAAACGCAGCACACUGUAAGAUUACACUUUAAAGGACAAACGAAAUCAAAUAAAUCCUAUUUCGGUCA